GUGAGUUUCGUUAAGUUAUCUCUUGUUACAUAAACCUACAUACUUUUUGUGUUUGACAAAAUCGGUUUGGAGAAGUAAGCUUCAAGUAAGGUGCAUGUACAUCCCCACAGAAGCAGCGUCAGUUUGUCGGAUAUGGACGUGGAUUCAAUCCUGGAGGUUGUUGGUCUAUACAGUCGGGUGCAGGUCCACAAUUUUGUUAUCUUUAGCCUCUCAGUGUCGCUUGGUAUCAUACAACUCACCUCAGUGGCUAUCACAAUCGACCAAUCAGUGGAGCACUACUGCAAGCCUUCACCCGGCUUUACGGCCAAUCAGACGACGCCUUUUGUGGACAAAAAUGGCCGCCAGGUCCCCGACAGUUGUCACAUGUUCGAUGUCCGUAAUGGGUCACUGACAGAGAAUAUAACAAACUGUCAGAAUGGAUGGGUGUACCCGGGCGCAGACCACGGAGAGACUAACGUUUUGACUGACCUUGAUCUCGUGUGCGAUCGGAGCAUUUUAGCCAGUACCCUGAUGUCUCUUCACUUCGCUGGUACCCUCGUUGGUGCUUAUGUGACGGGUCAGGCGGCGGACAUUUUUGGUAGACGACCUGUUGCGGUCAGCUGCCUAGCCCUGACGAGUAUAAUCGGCGCGGCGAUCAGUUUCACCUGGAACUUGGAGCUCAUGAUGGCACUCAGGUUUCUACUUGGAAUAGUUUUACCGGGAAACACAAUAAUUGGCUACAAUCGCUGCGUCGAGAUGUUCACGCCAAAGACGCGUCUUGUAGGCAGCAUGACGAAUCAUUACUUCGCCACAUUCGGGUUGGUGAUGGUUGCACCCAUUGCAGUCCUCCUUCCAAACUGGAGACACUUUCAACUUGCUGUAUCCCUCGGUUGUCUCCCACUCCUGCCCCUGCAUUGGUUCUUUUCUUACGAGGCGCUUCGCUGGCUGGUGCAAAAGGGCCGUCUGGACGAAGCGGAAGAUAUCUUACAGAAAAUCGCCAAAUCGAAGAACGUAAAGCACGAAGGGCGUUUCCUCUUACAUGUAAGCAAAGAUGAUGUACCACUCGCAUUGCGUAGCCCAGACGAGGAAACUCCGGACAACGUAUCCGAACAAGUAAAUGGUAACGAGUCAGCUCCGUUUGUGUCAGGACAAGAAGGAAAGACGCAGAAUGGACCGACAACCGGACUUUGGAGAGAGAAAGUUACAAGCGAUGUUGAAGACAAGGGUGGGAAAAGGACGGUCCUAGAAAAGCCAGACAGAAGGUACAAUAUUCUCGAUCUUUUCAAAACAAGGGCCCUCAUCAAGCACACAACCAUCGUCUACUACAUGUGGUUUUCUGUAUGCAUUAUGUACUUCGGACUUCUUGUCUAUGCAACGAGUUUGACGGGGAACAAGUACCUGAACUUUUUCCUGUUGGCCCUCGUGGAGGCACCUGUAUAUUGCCAUGAUUACUUCGUCGUAAGGAGGUUUGGUCGCAGAAGGCCUAUUGCGUUCUUCUUUCUGGCAAGCGCCGUGCUGUGCAUCUUGAUAGGCUUUCUGCCCGAGAAAACAGCUGAUGGCACGGAUCUGACGGUGUUGAUCGUUGUCGUAGCAAUGAUCGGGAAGUUUUACGUCAAUGCCGCGUACGAGCUGACAAUGCUUGUAGGGGCGGAGGUAUUUCCCACCGUGUUAAGAAAUGUUGGGCAAGGCAGUGCGGUUACAGUCGGCAGGGUUGGCUCCAUUGUCGCACCGUUUAUUAUCUAUUUGAAGGACGUGGCGAGCUUCUUACCAAUGACCAUGUUUGCUUCGUUGUCGCUGGUAGCCUGCCUGAGCGUACUUUUGCUGCCUGAGACCACAAACCGACCGUUGCCAGAGACGUAUGAAGACGGCAGUAAACUCACAGGGAGUACAAAGGGCUCCCUCUGAGGGACCCUUAGUCUGGUUCCCUGACAUGACGAUCCCGCUAGCCUCUCUUAUCAUAGAUCGUAGGUCAGGUAGUCGUCACAACUUAAUCACGACGCAACGAUGUCAGGGACGCCCUUCUCUCUUUCGGGGUUCAAAACGCCUAGUACACGUACGGUGGGUCUUAAAGAAAAAGGAUACUGGGCAUUACCAUAGGCAUACAAUUCACAAAUGUAAGCUUUGAUUUAAUGAACAUUAAACUUUCUGGACAAUUGUUUUUUUUAUUACUAACUUUGAUUUUGUUUUAACGGCUUCAAUCAAUGAAUAUGUCUUGCAGUAUAAAAAUGGUUAAAUGUAACAUUAAUAUAAUUGAAUGUAACAUAUACAAUAAAUAAUGUUCAUGCACUUUGUGAACAAGGA